GCUGCCAGGCAUACCAUCAUACCGAUUCAAAGGUUGUUUCUGGUGUCAGGUGGUUCAGUACAUUUUGGUUAAAUCUUACAAUUGUUCAAGACAAAACCAAAAAGCCUUCAUCACAAAAGAGAUUAUCUUAUUGACAAGUGAAUAUCACAGUGAAGUCAAGCCUGAGUAAUAAUAACAUAUCUUUUUCCACAAGUAGAAGAAAUGAGGACUGACAGAGCUUCUGAAAUAAUAAGACUUUUAGGGCAGACAAGCAUUCCAUCAUCUGAAAAUAUCAGUGCUCUCUCCUUGAACAAAACAGACUGUACACAGGUUGUGGUACCAGAAGAAGUCUUUUUCACAAUUGCUGCUGUUGGAAUACUGGAAAACCUACUUGUCCUUAUAGCUGUGAUCAGGAAUAAGAAUCUCCACUUGCCCAUGUACUUUUUUAUCUGCAGCUUAGCAGUUUCAGAUAUGCUGGGUAGUCUGUACAAAACUCUGGAAAAUAUCUUGAUCAUUUUAUGCAAAAUGGGGUAUUUGAAGCCUCGUGGAGACUUUGAGACCAAGAUGGAUGAUGUCAUAGAUUCUAUGUUCAUUCUUUCUUUACUGGGGUCAAUUUUCAGCUUGCUAACUAUUGCAGCUGACAGAUACAUAACUAUCUUCUACGCAUUGCGAUACCAUAAUAUCAUGACACUGAAGCGUGCAUUAAUCAUCCUGGCAGCAAUCUGGACCUUUUGUGCUGGAAGUGGCAUUGCCAUUGCCAUUUUCUCCCAUGAAACAGCUGUAGUAAUUUCUUUCACUAUCCUGUUCCCUUUGAUGUUAAUUUUUAUAUUAUGCCUCUAUAUCCACAUGUUUCUGCUUGCACGAUCACAUGCCAAAAAAAUUGCUUCACUGCCUACUAGUACAGUUCACCAGAGAACAAAUACGAAAGGGGCCAUUACAUUAACUAUUUUCCUUGGUGUUUUUCUUUUCUGUUGGGCGCCCUUUGUUCUUCACAUCCUUCUUAUGCAGUUUUGCCCACACAAUCCUUACUGUGCUUGUUACAUGUCAAUUUUUCAAGUGAAUGGCACACUCAUCUUGUGCAAUGCUGUCAUUGAUCCUAUGGUCUAUGCAUUCCGAAGUCCAGAAUUACGGAGUACUUUUAAGAAGAUGUUCUGUUGCACCAGGUCAAAUUGGAAGUAGUGCAUUCUGAUUUAAAAUAAGGUCUAUAAAAUUAAGCCUACAGUGGAGUGUAUAAUGUUGAUAAGAAUAAAGUUUGGUGUGACAGCCACCAAGGAAGACCCCAAUCCUGCUUAGAUUUAUGCACUUAUUUAAUUUUAUGUAUACAGAUAAUCUAAUUGGCUUCAGAAGACCAUUCAAACUGCAAAAAAUUAGUCAAGUGCAUUAAGGCUUUGCCGGAUCAGUGUUCAAGAAAUAUCAUUUGUUAUCAUGAUCUCUUGCAUGCCAUUUUUUAAAGAAAAUUUAGUAAUCCAGUCUAAAAGUAAGUGGGCUUUAAGCACCUGAUUAAUUUCUAAAAGAUACUAAACUAAAUUUAAUUCUAGUGAACUAAUCUGCAUCAAAGAUAUUUGCAUGGCAGAUGAGUUUAAAUUAAUAAUUGUUUUUCUCGGUACUCUGAGGUCAAAAAGAAUCAUAACAUUCUCCCAGUAAAAUAAAUAGGAAAAAUAACUUUAAAUAUAGAUAACAUUUUUUUUCUAACCUGCACAUUGUUAAUCAGAUAACAUCCACUGAUAUUUCAACUAAUGAUGAUUGAUACCAGGAAAGGUGUCACAUUAGACUUGCCCAGUUCAUAUGCUCUCUCUUUAAAGCAUCUGCUAUUUGCCAGUAUUGAAGACAGAAUACUGGGCAAGAUGGACUAUUGUUAUGACCUAGUAUGGCUUUUUUGCUCUUAUGUUCACUGUGAAGCAGUACACACAGGCACAUGACUAAAUUUUGUUGGACUUGGUCUCCUCUCUCUCUCUCUCUCUCUAUCUCUCUCCACCCCCCCUUUAGCUAAUUUCAAAAGACGCUGACCAGUUGGGUUUAAUGUAAAAAAUGUCAUUUGAAGAUCAUCCAUAGUACAAGAUAUUUGGAUUCUAAGGUGUUUUUAGGCAAAGUUAUAUAUAGUUGAAAACAGGGAUUUAGUAUAAAUGUAUCUUUUAAUUUUUAACUGCAGUAUCAUGUUGCUCUCGAAUAUUGUUUUGCUAGAGGUAGGUGAUGGUUGCCAUCAAUCAAAGGCCUGCUAAAAUGCACUUCUUUUGUACUAGAUAGAUUUUGUAUACAUUUUUUUUAAAUAAGCAAGACUACAUUUAAGAUACCUAGCAUAUCAUCUGUUUCUUCUCCUAAUGAAAACCAUGCAUUAAAGCCCCAAAAUGUUAACUGCUCAAGUCAAAGGUGGGCAACCUUGUUGUGACGAGUGGGAUAGUUUAUAGACAAAUAUCAUGAUGGAACAAAUAAUGGAGGCACUUGCCAAACUCAUAGAUGGCCAAGUGGAAUUUAAAAAAGAAAUAGCACAAAAGAUGGAGACUGCAAAAAAAAGAUACGAGUAGCUGGAGUAGCUUUUAAAGAAGGAUGAAAGCAAUCUCAAGAGAUUCCCAGAAAGUUGUUUGCAACCA